AUGUUGUUGAAGAGUCCUCUCGGGUUCGUUUCCCUCGCGAGGGCCUUCCUCGUGGAUCGCCCUUCCGUGCGUUUCGCUUCGCGCGCGUGGCUUUCUUCCUGCCUCUCUGCGCCAGUCUGCGCCCGCGGCGUCGCGCCUCUCCGCCGAACUUGCGAUGAAGGGUGGCUGGCGCUGCGGCGAUGCAGCGAGAGCUGUCGACGGCUGGAACAGACCCCCGCGCUGGCGCUCUCCAGCGCGCUUCUUACCCUCGAAAAGGAACUCCUUCGGACCUCCUCGCGAUCGCCGAAAAGGCUGUUGUCAACUCAAACCACCCCCGAAGCAGCUCCGAGUGCCUCCGCGUCGCACGGCAGCUCGCGCGGCGGGGUCUCGAAGCCCGAAGGCGCCGCGGGAGAGCCUGGAGCUUCUGAGAUCCCGGAGGUCGAUCGCGCCUUCGUCCGACGCUUGAGUGAGGCAGCCCCGGCACAGCGCCUCGACGGAAAGGCCUACUUCCUUCUCGACGUGAGGGAGCCUUCUGAGCUUCAGGAAUUGGGAUUCAUUCCGGGAGCGACGAACGUGCCUCUCAACCGCCUCGAGGAGGCCUUCCUGAUGGAGCCGCAGGCGUUUGAAAAAGAGUUUCACUCCGUGAAGCCCGACCCCGAUGUAGCGCUGGUCGUCUACUGUCAAAGAGGCAUGCGGUCUACGAAGGGCUGCGGCAUUCUCGCGCGCCUUGGUCUGCGCAGUUUGAAUUAUCGCGGCUCCUACGCGGACUGGAGCGCUGCGUGCGUCGCAGAGAAGAAGAAAUAA